AUGUCUGACAGCGAAGAGUCUGGCGAUGAGCAACGGGACCAGGAUACGAUAGAGGAUUUUACGAAUAACCAGGAGAAAAGCGAUGAUGAGAAACCAGAAAGUGAUAGUGAAGAUGCCAUCAAAAAUGAAAGGAAGCGGAAGCAUUUUGAUGAAGAUGAGGAAGAUGAGGACGAAGAGGAUGAUGACGAUGAGGAUGAUGAAGAUGACCAUUAUAGUAAGAAGUCUAAGAAGAGGAAGAAGCGACGCACAGGAGUACACCAGUUUAUUCUUGAUGAUGUGGAAGUAGAUGAAGACGAGGAGGAAGAAGAUGGUUUUGAAGAGGAUGGCGAUGAGAUGGGAAUUGAUCCAAGAGAAAGAGAGGAAGCCGAAAGAAUGAUGAAGGAGCAAGACGAAAGGAAACGUGAAGGACGUCGUCGAGAUCUGUUCAGUGGAAUGAACGAAGAUCAAAUAGAAGAUUACUUUAAGAAAAAAUAUGCAAAUCAGUCAUCGCAUGCGAGUAUGAUGGAUGAUGAUGCUGCUUUAGAUGAUAUAAGUCGUCAUUCUUUACUUCCAAGUACAAAUAAGGAUCCAAAUUUGUGGAUUGUAAAGUGUCGUCUAGGUGAGGAGAAGCUGGUUGCGCUACAACUUAUGCGAAAGUUUAUUGCUUAUGAAAAUACCGAUAAUUCUUUGCAAAUCAAAUCGGUGGUAGUAAAAGAAGGUCUAAAAGGAAUGAUUUACAUAGAAGCAUUCAAACAAUCACAUGUAGCGACAGCAGUUACUGGAGUAUCAGCUUUAAAUCAGUUCCGAAUAACUAUGGUGCCGAUCAAGGAAAUGUGUGAUACUCUGAAAGUAGCUAAGGAUAUUCCGUUAUUGAAAAAUGGAAUGUACGUUCGCUUAAAACGAACCAUGUAUCGCGAUGAUUUAGCUCAGGUUGAUUGGGUAGAUGUGGCGCACAAUAAGGUUUAUUUGAAGUUGGUUCCACGCAUUGAUUACACUCGUAUGCGUGGAGCACUUAGAGCACCGGAUGAACCGCGUUUUGUGAAAAUGAAACGAAGACCACAAGCACGACUAUUUGAUGUUGAAAGAAUUAAAGAAAUAGGAGGUGAAGUAUCGACAGACGGCGAUUUCGUAACAUUUGAAGGGAAUCAAUAUCGUCGAGGAUUCUUGUACAAAUGGUUCCCUUUGAAUAUUAUCCAAGUUGACGGUGUUAAACCUUCCCUGAGCGAACUGGAAAAGUUCCAAGAAACAAGCGAUGAUUUAAAAAAAGAAUUGGAAGGAAUGAAAGUAAAAGAUUUAUCGUAUAUCUUUUCACCGGGAGAUUACGUUGAAGUGGCGGAUGGUGAACUUGUAAACUUGCGUGGCAGAGUUCAGAGCGUCGACGGCGAAAAAAUUGUCAUGUUGCCAGAUCAUGAAGAUUUAAAAGAACCAUUAACGCUAAACGCUUGUGAAUUGAGGAAGUUCUUCAAAACAGGUGAUCAUGUGAAAGUAAUCAAUGGUCGAUACGAAGGAGAUACCGGUUUGAUUGUCCGCGUGGAGGAUAAUCUCGUCAUUUUAUUAUCGGAUCUGACAAUGCAUGAGUUGAAAGUAUUACCACGUGAUGUUCAACUUUGUGCUGAUGUGACCACUGGUGUAGACUCGUUGGGACAGUUCCAAUAUCAGGAUCUUGUAAUGUUGGAUCAGCAAACAGCUGGUGUUAUCGUCCGCUUAGAGAGAGAAUAUUUGGAAGUUUUGAAUAUGCAUGGAAAGGUUGUACGAGUAAAACCGCAAGCAAUUCAUGGUAAAAAAGAUACACGUUUUGCACAGGCACUUGAUAGCCAGCAGAAUAGUAUUCAAGUGAAAGAUACCGUUAAAGUUGUGGACGGACCUCAUGCGAAUCGUGGUGAUGCAGAAGAUGAGAAACAGGGCGAAAUCAAGCAUAUAUAUCGUUCGUAUGCGUUUGUGAUGUCCAGGAAGCAUACGGAAAAUGGCGGCUUGUUUGUUUGCAAGCCAAGACAUUUGCUUUUAGUUGGUUCAAAGGCAAAUACAAAAAUUGGUGAUUUCAUCGUGAAAGGAUUGGCAACUCCUGAUCCAUUCUCAAGUCCUCGACAUGUUGAACUGGGAGGACAGACACCUCGACCUGGUAACAUGUCAAGUGGCAGAAGUGUUAGAGAAGGUAGCUCUGUGGGUGUACCAAGUACCGGUGGUUUCGACUCACAAAAUCGAGUACGGCGAGAUAAUCAAAUAAUUGGAAAAAGUGUGAGGAUCACUCAGGGACCAUUGAAAGGCUAUUUUGGUAUUGUCAAAGAUGCUACUGAACAAACUGCUCGCGUUGAACUUCAUUCUAAUUGCAAGACGAUCAGUGUUGAUCGAUCACGAAUAAUGAUUGUUGGUGACGGUACUCCUGGUGGUACGUUAAUUGCCGGAUUACUUGGUAGAACACCAUCUGGUGAUAGUCGAACACCGAUAUACAGUGGUGGUGGUAAAACUCCCAUGUAUGGGGCCCAAACGCCGAUGUAUGGUUCACAGACACCCAUGCAUGAAGGAGGACGUACACCACAUUACGGUGCUUUGACGCCAUCAUAUGAUGGUGGACGCACUCCAGUUCAUUCUUCGGCUUGGGAUCCGUCAACAACACCAGCACAUCCAAUCAGUGAUGAAAUCCAUUAUGACGAACCUUCAUCACCUUUCAAUGUACCUACUCCGGGCGCAAUGAAUCCUCAUACUCCUGGUUACAAUCCGGACUCCGCUCUUGGUCAGUCAUACGCACCCAUGACACCUGGCGGAAUCUAUGCAGAUUAUGCUGCUCCAAGUCCUUUCUCGGAUGGUCGUUCAAAUGCAGGCAGCACUGCAACCGGCUCUGGUGCUAUACCGCAACACAUAUUGAACUCAGGCGAAUGGGUAUCAGUUGAUAUGAUGGUGCGGUUCCGUGACAACUACGAUGACGAUGAACUUAAAGGUCAAGAAGGAACUAUUAAAAGUGUCGAUACUCUGGAAGGUCGUUGCAGCAUUUAUUCAUUCGAGUUAGAUCGCGAAGUAACAGCAUAUUUUGACCAGAUUCUUCCCGUUAGACCUGAACAGGGUGAUAGGGCAAAAAUAAUAUACGGCGACGAUAUUGGCAUCAGCGGUACCUUGGUAUCUGUAGAUAAUACUGAAGCUGUAGUUAAAACCGAUAACAACGAUAUUGUUUUGAGUCAUAUUGAAUCACUCUGUCAUAUGGGAGAAUUCACUCCGAAAUUUGAGCGGGAUUUGGAGAGUCGUAGUACAGGCCCGAAGGCCUUACCAACUGCCGGUGCCAUUGCCGUAAGAAAUGAAAAGGGUGAAAUAACAAUGCAGAAAGUGAAGGUGGUUCGCUACAUGGCUGGGAAAGUACCAACAUACGCCUUAGGAAAAAAUGAUUCAUCUGACGGAGAACAGAGUGAUGAGGAACCAGAGAAGCCUCUCAAUGAUGCGUGGCAAAGGGAAACGAAACGUGCGACGGAUGUAAACAAAGAAGAAAUAGGAGCAGCAUCGAGUUCAGAUGAUGAUGAAGAAACAGAAAAAAGAAGGACAAGGGCAAGGCUACGACGAAUGCAACUGGAAAUGCAAGAAGCUCCUGUUGAAGAGGAUGAACCUGACGAGGAUGAUGAAGAAGAAUUUGAAAGACGUCGAGCUUUACUGAGGGCACGUGCUUUGAUCAAGGAGGAAGAGGAACUCAUAGGAAAACAAGAGGAAGCAGAAGAGGAUGAAGACAGUGAAGAAGAAUCAAGUGAAGAAGAAAGUGAGGAGAGCGAAGAUGAAACAGUUCCCAGAAUGAAACCCGUCUUCGUAGAAAAGAGUAAACGAAUAACAAAAAUAGAAGAAGAGAAAGAGAAAGAACGUGCUAAAAGGCAGAUAGCUGAGGAACAAGAAAAGAAGGAAAGGCGAAAAAAAGAGUCUGCAAAGUUGCUGGAAGAAGUUUUGCGACAUGAAGCGGAUAUGGAAAAAAGGAAAAAAGAAGAUAAUAUCGACUUGACGUCAAUUGUAACUGAUGAUGAAAAUGAAGAAAUUGCAUAUGAAAGUUGGAAGCUCCGUGAGAUGAAGCGAUUAAAGAGAAAUAAAGAAGAACGCGACUCUCUUGCUCGGGAAAAAGCAGAAUUAGAUCGAAUACAUGGUAUGACAGAAGAAGAGCGCAAGCAAUAUUUAAGAAUGAAUCCAAAAGUUAUUACAAAUAUGCAAAAGAAGGGGAAAUAUAAAUUCCUUCAAAAAUAUUUCCAUCGUGGAGCAUUCUACUUGGAUGUAGAAGAUGAAAUAUUCAAACGAGAUUUUGCUGAAGCAACACUUGACGACCAGUUUGAUAAAUCUGUACUUCCGAAGGUUAUGCAGGUUAAAAACUUUGGAAAAGCUAGUCGUUCGAAGUGGACGCAUUUGACUGCAGAGGAUACGACUGAUCAUCAGGGUGCUUGGGCUGCCACGACGGCACUGAAUAGUAAAUUCCUCGUGAAACACGCUGGUGGUAUGAAAAAUAACUUUGAAAGGCCGGCUGCAAAGAAACGAAAAACUGACGUGUAA